UUUUGUGUCGGCUCCUCGGUUUCCGGGUUCCUUCGGUGCUGGAGUUGGAGUUCUCCGAAGCCCUGAAGGAAGAAGCAGUGGCCCUUCUCCUCCUCCUCCUCCUCCUCUCGGGCUGGGAGGAAAAGUUAGAGAGCUGCUGGGGUUGUUUUCGCGGAUUGUGGCGGAGCGUCUCUCAGUUUGACAGUGUUUAGGGUGGAGAGAAAGUCUGUCAAUUUGUCAGGUUAAAUUCAGAGAUUCGCCGCUCUAGUGUGCCCCGCCGGCGAGUUAAAAACAUGAAGCUGUUUGGGAUUAGUUAGUUACGUUAACGCUAGGGUAGUUUAUUUAGAGUUAGUUUUACUUUACGAGCCGGUCGGUCGGUUGGUGAGUCCAGGGGCUCUGCUGGAGUAACUGACAGAUUAACGCUCCAAUUUACUCCAAUGCUGCUGGAAACACUGAAGUUAACCUUUUGGUAGCACCAGGGCCUUUUUAAGAGAAUAAAGACGACUUGCUAAGAUUAAGGCAACAACUGGCGUUCUCAGGGAAUCACCAAGAUGCCCAUUCCUCCUCCACCACCCCCUCCCCCUGGACCCCCUCCUCCCCCUACCUUCAGCCAGGCAAACACUGCUCCACCCAAACUAAGUAGCAGUGAAUCUAAGGGAAGAGGAGCUCUGCUGGCAGACAUAUGCAAAGGGGCCAAGCUGAAAAAGGCCACUGUGGUCAAUGACAGGAGUGCACCCAUUAUUGAAGGUUCUGGAGGCAGCGGCGGAGGAGGUGGAGGGGGCAGCAGUAGUGGCGGAAGUGGAGGGGGGUUUGGUGGCAGUUCUGGGCCUAUGCCAAUGGGAGGCCUGUUUAGUGGAGGAGUGCCUAAACUACGACCAGUGGGAGACACUACUGCUGGCAGAUCAGCACUGCGGCCGCCUGGAUCUCGACCCGCUGUACCACGCCAAGCGAAAGAGGAGCGUUCUUCUCCAUCUGAGCAAAAGCCCAACCCCCGCCCCUCGUUACCUGACAUCUCCAAACCAGCCAGUACUACGAAACCCAGCAGCUCUGCCCCACCUCCCCCUCCACCUUUCAAUCGUCGGCCCAAUAAUCCCCCUCCCUCCUCCCAUCAGAAGGUCACUGCUCCCUCGCACAGUCGUGAGAAGCCCCUCCCACCACCCCAUGCAAACAAAGCUCCUCCCCCUCCAUCACCUGCACGUGAGGUUCCACAAAAAAAUGCACAGUCCUCUCGCACUCAACAAGGAUCUUCCAGUGCACCACCACCACCCCCACCUCCUUACCGCCAGCCUCCUCCGGUUACUAAUGGUGACCCACCACCUGAACUGCCACAGAGGCGCAACUCAUUGAGAAGGAACCAAGGCAGUGCCAAUGCACGCAGCCAAGCUCCGCCCCCUCCUCCACCACUCCCAGCCCAGCAAAGCAGCCGGCCCCCACCGCCAUCACGAGAUCCUCCAGGACGCAGAACAGCACCUCAGGCUCCUCCCUCUGGAGCUCGGAAUGGCACAAGGGAAGCUCCCCCUCCUCCUCCCCCAUACCGGAUGCACAGUGGCACAACACAAACCUCCUCUGAACCCCCCACCAGAGGGAGGCCUCCACCAAUCUCUUCCACUGGACGCCAGCCUUCAGGACACCCACCUCCUCCCCCACCUGUUCGCAAUGGACACACUUCCGGUUCCAGAGGUUUUGCAGAUGAUUUUGAAUCCAAAUACUCUUUCCAUCCUGUUGAGGACCUGCCUCCACCAGAAGAAUACAAACAGUUCAAUAAAAUCUAUCCCAGUAAAUCACAACGAGCUGUGAUGAGAGGAGCUCCUCCACUGCCACCUGUUGCAAGGUGAAAUACACUCAGGAAGUGAGGAACGACUAUGAAAUUUGAACCCAACUCCACACAUUCACAUCAGCACACUAAUACACCUACCUGUACACUCUCAAAAUAAAUGUGUUAAAAACAACACAUGGCAUGCUACUGUUUGAACACACCUGUGUAUCCAGAUAAAGACUUUUCUGAAUCGGUAUGCUAUCCGAUUUAACGAUUUAACACUAGCUGUGCAUUCAGAUGUGUUCAAAUAACACAGUUCACACUAAGCGUGUGCCCUACACAAUAUGUGGUAAAAUAGACAUAAAACAGAAGUGUGUUCUUAUAUAGCACAUUGUUUUGAGAGAAUGCACACUGCAGUUUACCUCAACAAAAAUAUCUGUCUUGAUCUGAAUAAUUAAUUUAUAAUCAGAUGAAGAAAAUUAAUAGGUCUUACACAUCAUAUUUGUUAUAGUAAUAAAUAAUAAUAAUAUAAUACAAAUAACAAAAUAAACUUAUAUAAUGGCAAUAGUAAUGUAAUUUAAUAUUAACUAUGCAUUUAAAAAAAUGCCAGGGGUGCCCAACAUUUAUAUCUGACCAAAUAGACCAAAUAGGGAAACUAGAUUACUUAUGAUCCCGUGACCACAACAUGGGUUGCUUUUCCAGAAUAAGCUAAGACCACAAUACACUAAGCAAGAUUAUUUUUCACUGAUGAAACAAAUUUGGUGAAUUCUCAUUGCUGAAUCACGUCUGAGAAAUCAACCCUGUUUCUGCUCCGACUGGUUCCUAACAAAUACCUCCAGACCAUAAAACACUAUGCAGUUUGAUAAAGCGUGAAGCCUAUAUUGUAUUGUGCCUCUAGAUGACCCAAGAGAACUAUUCUCUAUAUAUGCAUUCCUUCUAAUGUGACAGCUGCACAAUCUUUGCCAGAGAUGGGCAUCAACUAAUGGACCAAGCACUUGUUUUAUGCCAAUCUAUCUCUAUCAGAGUGAAAAGAAAAAAUAAUUAAUUAAUUAAUUAAGUAGACAAUCAUUACAUUAUGCGGAAAGUUUUUUUUUUGUUUGUUUUGUUUCAUGUUUUUGCGCCUUAGAAUCAUAAAGUAAUUCUUUGUUACUGUAUCAUAGACUGUUCCUCCCAAAUGAGAGCUAAUGUGUCAAGUAUAUUAGGGAAGAUUGUGUGAUUUUAUUUUUUGUGAUUAUUUUGCCAAUAGUAGGGGCUAUAUAGUAAAUGUUAUUGUUUAUUUUUAGCCCUGUGUCUUUUGAUAGAAUCGUUCAUUCCAUUUGGAUUUCAUCUCUGAACAAUCUGAGUGUUGUUUAGUACAGGAACGUGGAGCAGCCAUUCCUUUGCCUUUCCUGCUGUGAGCGGCAAAUACGUUGCAAUGCAUUUGAAUUUUGUCUGUAAAGAAGGGAAAUCUGAUACCUUGAUUUGUAUGUGUUAAACUUACCUGAUUCCUAACCACUCUUCUUUAGUACUGACCAAAUAUCCUAAGUGCCACUCAGCACACAGUGUAUGCAGUAGGCCCUGACAUUUUUGAGGGUCUGCUCAUGGUGCAACAUGUGCUGUAAAAUCAGCAUCAUAUUCCUUUAUUAUUAAUUAAAACCUUAUGAAUUUCUCUGGAAGAAAGAUGUCAUUCACAGAUUUAACUGGUACCAAUGUUUUUUUUUCUUUCUUUUUUUCCUUUUCUUUUUGUUAAAUAAAACACUAGUGUAAUAAUUAAGAAAAUGAAUUGUAAUAAUGUAUAUUACACUAUAUAAAAUGUAGUUAAAGAUUUUUAUUGUAAAGUUUUGUAAUACAGAGAAUUAAACCUCUAUAACAGUAAAACGUUUAUUAUGAGGAGACCAUUUCCUAUCUGGUCUUUUUCCGGAGAGCGUUUAUCCGUAUGUAGCCUCUAAGUGGCCAGAGGUGGGUUUUCUUCUUGGACUGUUGCAAGAACCUCUUUUGUCUCCUUCUUGGCCUGUUGCAAUUUUAUGUGACUUUGGUAAACAGUUCUAAGCUGCCAAAAUGAGCAGUUUGUAACAGUAGACUGGCUAUUGUGUUGAAUUUGAAAAUAAAGGUUAUGGGAAGUA